UGUAACCAUAACCUCGAAAAUCUCACGUUGUUUUGUUGUGUUAUGUUUUCAAUUUUUGUCGUAUUUUUUUUGUUUAUGGUAACAAAAGUAUAGAAAGGUGUUUUACUAAACUCGAGAAUAAAUACUAAAGAUGCCGAAAGUAAAGCCCAGCAAGAAAACCCGCGUUCAUAAUGAAAUUGCCCGACAAGGUAUUUUAUUCAACAAAAAUUUUGGACAACACAUUUUAAAAAAUCCAAUGAUAACAAUUUCAAUGAUAGAGAAGGCAGCUUUACAUCCAACUGACACUGUGUUAGAAAUUGGUUCUGGUACUGGUAACAUGACUGUUAAACUUUUAGAGAAAGUAAAAAAAGUGAUAGCAUGUGAAAUUGAUACUAGACUAGUUGCAGAAUUACAAAAGCGCGUUCAGGGAACUCCUUACCAAACAAAAUUGCAAAUUUUGAUUGGCGAUGUAUUAAAGGCUGAGCUUCCAUUUUUUAAUGUGUGUGUGGCAAAUAUCCCAUAUCAAAUUUCCUCACCAUUGGUUUUCAAACUUCUGUUACACAGACCAUUCUUUAGAUGUGCUGUUUUAAUGUUUCAAAAGGAAUUUGCACAAAGAUUAGUUGCUAAACCUGGAGACAAAUUAUACUGUCGACUCUCAGUUAACACACAGUUACUAGCACGAGUUGAUAUGAUAAUGAAGGUUGGGAAAAUUAAUUUUCGCCCUCCUCCAAAAGUUGAAUCAGCAGUGGUAAGAAUAGAACCACGAAACCCACCUCCCCCUAUUCCUUAUAAGGAAUGGGAUGGACUCACGCGGAUAGCCUUCACUCGUAAAAACAAAACAUUAGGUAGUGCUUUCAAACAAACUGCUGUACUUGCAACGAUAGAAAAGAAUUAUAAAGUGCAUUGCAGUUUACAUAAUAAGGAAAUACCUAAGGACUUCAGCAUGAAAAAGACAUUAGAAAAUAUUUUAUCGGAAGUAGAAGCUGACAAAAAACGAGCGCGAACAAUGGAUGUAGAUGACUUUAUUAUGUUAUUACAUGCAUUUAAUAGUAAAGGCAUUCACUUUUCAUAGUAAAAGUACAGCGGCAAAUGCAGCUGAGAAAAGGUAUAAAAAAUAUUUAAUUUAUAAAUUCACUCUUAAAUUAUCUUUGGAAUAUUGAAUUAAAUGAAUGGUUAAUAAAUAUACUUCGUAUCA